GUUCAAAUAACACUGCACGUGUUUUCUCAUUGUGCAGGUCGCAGUUGUCAUGGUAAACAUUCUGCGGGAGCUUGCAAGGUUGUCAUGGUUACAGUCUGUAAGGAGGGCAGCAGGACUGAGGAUUCCCAUUGGAUAAGUGAUAAAACAAAACAAAGGAAGUUUUGAGGAUAGACCUUGUGUGCAAUAAUGGCAGGUCCGCAUGGAGCUGGAGGGGGCGUGGCCUCCAGCUCCGGCUGAAAAUCGGGAGAUUUUCGGGAGAAUGUUUGUCCCGGGAGGUUUUCGGGAGAGGCGCUGAAUUUCGGGAGUCUCCUGGAAAAUUCGGAAGGGUUGGCAAGUAUGAGCCAAAUGGAUGCCACCUUCAGCUCUUUCUUGAAUUGAGUAGUGUUUCUCACCUUCUUUAUCAAUGUACUGACGCCUGCAAGUCCCCCAUGAUGGCUCAUUUUGCAGUCAAGACUGAGUCAACAGCUGUGGUUCCUGUAGAGGGGAAGGUGCGUGGCAAUAUUACUCCUACUCGUCCAGUUUCCAGGUCUGGAAGGGCAAAAAAAGCCAAAGCCUUGGUGGAGAAAGCUAUCAAGAUGCAGAAAAUCUUCACGGUGCUGGGGCGCUACCCUGCGGUCCGUACCGCCUUACGGGCCAGAGGGUGGGUGGAGCGUUAUCUGCCCAACGAUAAGGAGAAGGAAGGAGAUGAUGGAAGUGCUGGAGCAGAUAAUGUUGCAGUGAUAAAAGACAGAGGAGAUGAAGGUGGGGAUGAGGAGAACCUUGAUGACAUGUACGGCCUUUUGUCUCGCCUAGUUCGAAAUGAAAAGGCGUAUUUCUACUGGACCACACGCCAUGACUCCAUUGACCAUCGCACCUUACGACAAGACCAAAUGACCAAUCACUACGCUAAUACUGGAACCUUCACUACCAAGGUGGGGCUCUGUGUGAACCUCCGCAACCUCAAGUGGUUUGACGCCGCCGAUCCCGACACCUUUUUCCCGAGAUGUUACAGGCUCGGGGCGCACGAUGAGAGGCACGCGUUCAUAGAGGACUUCAGGAGGACAGCAUGCAGCAGUCUUCUGAAACACGUGGUGGAGACGAGCAUGAGGACAAAAGGAGCACAAGAGGAGAAGGGCAAAUCUGAAGGCAGCGCCUCUCAAGUCAGCGCAGGAGUGAUCAGUACCGCCUUGCAUCGAUGUCAGGAGUUUCUGAACAUUUUAGCACACAAUGACAUCGACGUGGCCGGCAAGACUCUCGCCUCGGUGGAGGAAAAGCAGUGGAACCACUUUCUCCAAAACUACUACAUGGUUGUGCACAAAGGUGCAUCCAUCAGAGGCAGCGCAGAGUUUGUGGGCCGCUGCCAGGCCAUGUUGGUCCAAAUGCAGGAAGUUUGUCCACAGCUGGAUGUCGAUGGCGUUAAUAAUAUUUGGAUAAUCAAACCAGGAGCAAUGUCAAGAGGGCGAGGUAUCGUUUGCAUGAAUCGUCUGGAGGACAUUUUAGCGCUGGUGGAAUCAGACCGAACUGUGGUGAAAGAUAGCAAGUGGGUGGUUCAGAAAUACCUUGAGCGCCCUCUGCUGGUCAACAACACCAAGUUUGAUGUGCGUCAGUGGUUCCUUGUCACCGACUGGAAUCCGCUGACCGUCUGGUUCUACAAGGAGUGCUACCUGCGCUUCUCCACUCAGCCCUACUCCACAAAAAAACUUGAUAGCUCGGUCCACUUGUGCAACAACGCCAUCCAGAAGCAUUUUCAGCCAUCACGCGAGCGCCACCCGAGCGUGCCCAAGGAUAAUAUGUGGUCCUGCUCUGACUUUAGGAACUUUCUGCAGCAGCAGGGUCGCGAGGCCAAGUGGGAGACGCUGGUGGUCCCGGGCAUGCAGCAAGCUGUGGUCCACACCUUGCAGACAGCCCAGGACAAGGUGGAGCAUCGCAGGUCAAGCUUUGAGUUAUACGGUGCCGACUUUAUGUUGGGCAACGAUCUGAGGCCUUGGCUUCUUGAGGUCAACGCCAGCCCCACCAUGGCCUGCACCAGUGUCGUGACGGCUCGCCUCUGCCCGGCCGUACAGCUGGAUACACUAAGGGUGGUGCUGGACAGACGAAACAACCCUGGCGCCUUCACAGGAGGAUUUCAUUUGAUCUACAAACAGCCUGCAGUAGAACCUCCACAGUUUAUUGGAGUAAACUUGUUUGUGGAAGGAACACACAUAAGGAAACCUAUAAUUCGCAGACCAAGAGUUGCUUUUGUAAAGCCUCCAUUGAGCCAGUCCGAGCAGCGCGAUGCAACAAGGAAACACCAAGCCAAGUCCCGUGACCCGUCGCAAGAACGAGAGUCUUUGCAAGACCAAAGGCAAUCGGCGCAGACCUCUCCAAGGAGAGAAGAGCAAGAAAGGACCAUUGUCUUCAAUGUAAAUGUGGUGUCUGACCAACAUGUGGUGGAGAACCACACUGAACCCAAGAAAAAAUCCCCAUCUUCGGUUGUGGCUGACAGUGGCAGCAAAGCCCCACCUGCCCCACCGGCCUCACGAGUCCCACCAGCGCCACGAGUCCCACCAGCGCCACGAGUCCCACGAGCUCCAAGAGCACCACGAGCCCCACCAACUCUAAAAGCCCCACGAGCCCCACCAGUCCCACCAGCCCCACUAACCCAGGAGAUCUUGUCUUCCCACACCAACUACCCUCGCAGUAUCAUUCCUGUAUAUAAGACUCCAUUAAAACUAACCUAUGGAGCGCACCUGUGGAAGUCCUUCCUUCCCAGGACUUUUUCUGAGCCUUACUACAAGCCCUUGAUGCGGGUUGAUUCUUUCAGCCGGCAUCAGCUCGCCACGCUGCGGCUCAGAAGCAUGCCAAAAGAUGAGUUGACGGCCUAUCGAAACCCUUCUAAGGAUUCCUUUCAAAUUGAGUCGAGUUAUAGAUUCCACAAGCAGCGUUUUUUACAAACAAUGUCCAAGCAUUGUGCAGGGUAGUCUACAACAAUAAUAAAUAGGUUAAUUGUCUAAAGUCGGACUGAUACCCAGACAAGAUCCAAAGCGGUCCAACAAAAGAACUGUACACCAAAUUCUGCUCGGACAAAGAUAGUGUAGUAAAGCUCAGUUCUGAUUGACGAUGGUAGAGCGGUAUUACUGGAAGUUCAACAGAAUGGAGAGAAUAGGCUACGUAUUUCAAUAGAAUACACAUAAUUACAAUUAUUUGGGUCGAAUGGUAUGUUCUAACUAACGUAGGAUCAAACUCCAAGCCGUACUGGUAAAAACUAUUUAGAGGUUCUUGAGAGGAUGGUCCGCUAGAUAGUUGAACGUAAGAUUCAGUAGGAACAGUGUGGUUUGUGAAACUGUGGACCAACUAUACUCGUCAGGGCCUUUGAGGGAACAUAAGAGUUUGUCCAACCAGUCUACAUGUGUUUUAUGGACUUGGAGAAAGCAUUUGACAGUGUACCCCGAGGAAUCCUGAAGGGUGUAUUCUGGGAGAUUCGGAUCGCCUGUUUUGGGCAAUUCACUUUCUGUUUGACCAAUGCGCUUGGUCUGCAUUACGGGCAAUAAGUCAGUCUCAUUUGUGAGGGUUUUCGCUUUGUCACAUGUCACUUUGUAUUGACACAAUUUCUAAGUCCUGCCAGGGUGUUGAUGAUAUCCGGUUUGGUGGCUGCAGGAUUGGGUCUGUUUUUGAGGAUAAUGUGGUCCUGCUGGCGCUAUCAGGCCAUGACCUUCAUCUCUCACUGGAUUUAAUUUUAGCAGAGUGAAUGAGCUUGGAAUCAUCACCAAUGAAUGAGGUCCUCACCCUUUACUAGUCACUUUACAUUUUUACCCUCACCUGUGGUCAGUAGUUUUGGGAAGUGAUCAAAAGGACAAAAUUGCAGGUGCCAGUGGCAGAGUUUCUUCCGUAAAGGUGGCUUUGAAAAAGCUCUGUCAUCCGGAAGGUACUCGGAGUAAUGCCCCUGCUCCUCAUGAGAAGAGAAGCCAAAUAAGGUGGGACGGGCAUCGGGUCAGGGAGCCUCCCGAAGGGUUCAGGGAACAUCCAAUCAGCAGGAGACUUUGGUAAAGACUCAGACUGGCCUGAAAAAUUUGGGUUUCUCUGUUCAAGCCGCAACCCAACACUAGAUAAGCGAAAGAAGAUGGAUACAUUAUUAUUAUAAUCAAAAGGAAACCAAGCUGUUAAAAAACUGAAAAUCACCCAUCCUUUUUAUUUUUAAACAUCUUGUUUUGUGACAUUUGCACACAGCAGAAGAAACAGACCCAUUGUGCACAGCGGCAUAAACAAAAUGACCCAACCUUUUUACUGUUCUAAAAAUCCUAUCUUGAGACUAUUGCACAUAGCGACUGUUGGUGUCAUCCCAGGAUGCAGAGAAGGUACUGUAGGCAAAGUGCAAAUGGGUGUGUCUUUAUUAGGUAUCAUGACAGGUCUAGCAGGAACUCAGAAAGCAACGGAACGUUGUGGCAUACAGAAGAUAAUGAACCAGUACUGAAAAAGGUACCAAGGUGGAACUAAAUAGAACUAAUUAAUCGAGGUACAGGUGUGCUGGCAGGACAAGGAACAGAAAGUGAAGGUGCUGCAAAACAAACAGGAAAUACUGACAAAACAAAAGCAUCAGCACAGAAAAUGACACCAAACACAAGAAAAUAACGAACAAAGUCAAAAUUGUCAUGUGGAAUCAUGACAUUGUUUACGUCUAUCAUAAUCCAGCGCAACUGUGUGACACUUGUGUUGUUUCCAGCUAGAAUAUACACAUUCACCACAUCAACAUUCACAUUUAGUAAUUUUUCUGGUGGUUUUUUCCCUCUACUAAUUAAA